AGAGAAAGAGAGAGAGCACUUUACCACUUUUAUAUGUUGCACGCAUCCACAUAGCAGAAAACAGAAGGAAGACGAAGUAGCACUACUCCCCUCAAACCCUCAAUCCUCAAGGCUCAAGGCAAACCAGAAGCAGCAGAGGAGAAAGAACGAGCAAAAAUAAAAAAAAAUAAUCCCACAAAAACGCCCAAACCCACACAGACAGAAGAAAUGAAGAAAGAAGAUGGUUCCAAAAGUGGGUCUUGAGCCCCGAGGCCUGUUUGCUUCAAAUGCAAAAGCUUUUUCUGCAACAACAAAAGCCAUUAAGCUAGCAGAACAGCGCAAGCCGCAUCAGCAGCAGCUAAAAGUGCUUUUGGGUGCUGAGAGAUUUCGUUUCAACAGCUGAGCAUGUACUUGGGUAGUCUCUGUUUGACCCAGAAUCUGGACUAAAAAACCAGAAAAAAAAGAGUUUUUGUUUUUGGGGUUUUUAGCAUUGAGCUCUCUGGGUUUGUAAAUUUGAGUUCAACCUAUUUGUAAUUUGUGCUUCUGGGGUUGUGGGUUUUGUUGGUUUUGAAGAAAAACUGGAGAUAUUUGUGUUUUUUGGUUUGAGGAGAUUUGUAGGAGUGUUGAUUUUGUUGGAUGAAGGCCAUGCCCCUACCCUUUGAGGAGUUUCAAGGGAAGGGGGUGCUAGAUUUCUCUUCUGUUUCUUCUUCUUCUGCUGCUGCUGCUGCUUCAGAUUCAUUUCUUUCAUUGCCGCCGCAAAAGUGGAUUCACCGCCACCACAGCAGCAAAGAGAAUUGCUAUGUGGGCAGCACUGAGCCCACCUCUGUCCUCGACACCAGAAGAAGCCCAAGCCCGCCCACAUCCUCCUCAACACUGUCUUCCUCCCACGGCAGCGGAGCCAGCGGUGGCUCGACAGACACAACCACUGCGGCGGGGGUCGAAAACCCAUCUCAAACACCCUUAGAGGAACAAAAAUGCGGCCCGUCGCUCGGCAUGGAGGACUGGGAGAGCGUUCUGUCUGAGUCCCCAGGUCAAGAGCAGUCCAUCCUGAGGUUGAUUAUGAGUGACAUCGAAGACCCCUCUCUUGGAUUGAACACGCUGCUGCAGAGUUCAAGCGGUUCUGAUCAUCACCACCAAAAUUUGGAAUUCGGCUGCGGAGGGUUUCAGGAUGUGGUGGAUCAAGGCGGAGGAUACGGCGGCGGCUUCGAACCCGAUGAUCAUUCUGGGGGUUUGGUUAGCCCCUCUCUGCACGCAAGUUCUGAUCCUGAUUUUAAUUUCAGUAAUAAUGCCUCAAAUGUUGAGACUCAGAGCAGCAAUGUGAGACCAAACCCUACAAUGUUCUCUGCUUCAAUGAGUAAUCCUUUUCCGGUUUCGCUGUCUUCCGGCAUGUUUCAGCGGCAACAGAACAUGGGUCUGGAGGAGAAGCCUCAGAUUUUCAAUCCCCAGAUGGUAAUUAACCAAAACCAAGCUCAGUCUACACAGAACCCAGCUAUGUUUAUGCCUUUGACACAUGCCCAAUUGCAAGAGCACCACCUUCUCUCACCGCCUCCGUCGAAAAGGCUCAAUUCUGGUGGAUUUGGACCCGGUUACCCAGUCCAAAGGGUACCCUUUUUGAAUCCCGGGCAAGAGCUAUUGGUUCGGGCUCAGCAACAGCAGCAGCAGCUUCAGUUUCUUCCUCAGCACCUUCAGCAGCAGAGGCCAACAAUGCCGGUGGCAAAGGAGAAAAUGAUGAGCCCGGCAGAGGGCGGUAAAGAAAUGAUGAACCAGAACCACCAGCAGCAGCAGCUUCAGCAAGCAGUAAUUGACCAGCUUUUCAAUGCAGCAGAGUUGAUCGAAACAGGAAAUCCGGUACUCGCGCAAGGGAUAUUGGCGCGGCUCAAUCACCAGCUCUCUCCCAUUGGCAAGCCUUUUUCAAGGGCUGCUUUUUACUUCAAGGAGGCCUUGCAAUUGCUCCUUCACAUCAACACCUCUAGUAACUCUUCUUCGGCUUUGUCGCCUUUUAGCCUCAUUUUCAAGAUUGGUGCUUAUAAAUCGUUCUCUGAAAUCUCGCCUGUUGUCCAAUUUGCCAACUUUACUUGUAACCAAGCCAUCCUUGAAGCCGUGGAGGGCUUUAAUCGUGUUCAUGUUAUUGAUUUUGAUAUUGGCUAUGGCGGGCAAUGGGCUUCUUUCAUGCAAGAAGUUGCCUUGAGAAAUGGGGGUGCAUCUUCUCUUAAAAUCACUGCAUUUAUAUCGUCUUCCGCGCAUGAUGAAUUUGAGGUUAGUUUCACUCGAGAAAACCUCAAACACUUUGCUAGUGAGCUCAACUUGGCAUUCGAACUUGAACUUGUGAGCCUUGAGUCGUUGAACUCUGGUUCGUGGGGAUUGCCUAUUCAUGCUUCUGACGGCGUGGCAGUUGCUGUCAAUCUCCCCAUUGGCUCCUUUUCGAGUAACCCUUUAUUGCUUCCAUUGAUCUUGCGCUUUGUUAAGCAGCUUUCUCCCAGAAUUGUUGUCUCUUUGGACAGAGGCAGUGAUCGGACCGAUGUUCCAUUUCCCCACCAAAUAAUCCAAGCCCUCCACUCUUACUCCGGCCUGCUUGAAUCAAUAGAUGCUGUCAAUGUAAACCCAGAUGCACUGCAGAAGAUUGAGAGGUACUUGCUCCAACCAGGCAUUGAAAAGAUUGUAACGGGCCGCCAUCAUUCCCCUAAAAGAACACCUUCCUGGAGGACACUGUUUUUGUCAUCUGGGUUCUCACCAUUGACAUUCAGCAAUUUCACCGAGUCCCAGGCCGAGUGCUUGGUGCAGCGGACUCCGGUUGGGGGGUUCCACGUCGAGAAGAGACAGUCUUCGCUUGUGCUCUGCUGGCAGCGCAAGGAUCUCAUUUCUGCCUCAGCUUGGAGGUGCUGAAGAACCGGCAUUUUGAAGUUGGUUCUACCAAUUCAUAACUUACUGCUUUAGUUUUGGAACUCUUUCGGUUCUCUUCCUUGAUUCUACAAAUAUGCCCUAAUUGUCUAUGGUUCUGUAGUAGGCCUUUUGAUUCCAAUGAAGAAACCAAACAUUCAAAGUAACUCAAUGGCUUUGUACAGGUUUUGUUUAUUUAUUUAUAUUUUCAGUUUCUUA